UGUACGCUCUGACGUGCUGCUUUGCGCUCCUCUCAAUGCUGUUACAUGCAGCUAUUGUAUCCACGGGAUUUUAGUAUUCGCUUUGCUUUACCUCCCAUGUUUCCAGCGACGAAGGAAUGAAGAGUCUUUCCAAUAAACGACAUUGACAUGAAGAAAGACAUAGAGGUGCUGAUAGCAGAGGAACGUGCUGAGAUCAUCUCUAAAUAUAAUAAGGGUAGAGACGCAGGAGUUCAGAUCGAUCCUUGGGAGGAUGCAGACUACAGCAUAUACAGAGUCACAGAUCGCUUUGGAUUUCUUCAUGAAGAAGAAUUACCCACACCCAGUGCACUUGAAGAGAAGCAAAAACAGGUGGAGAUUGAGAGGGUGCAGAAAUGGUUGAAGAUGCUGAAGAACUGGAGCAAGUACAGGAACAGUGACCGGAUGAUUAAGAGGGUGUAUAAAGGCAUCCCAGUACAGCUGAGAGGAAAGGCCUGGGCCCUUCUACUGGACGUCGAGAAAGUCAAGAGUGACAAUGCAGGAAAAUAUGAGAGAAUGAAGGAGCAAGCCCAGCUGUACUCUCCAGAAAUCAAACAGAUUGACCUUGAUAUCAACAGGACCUUUCGAAACCACAUUAUGUUUAUGGAUCGAUUCGGUGUAAAGCAACAGUCUUUGUUCCAUGUGCUCUCUGCGUACUCUGUUUACAAUACGGAAGUGAGUUACUGUCAGGGCAUGAGUCAGAUUGCUGCCAUACUGUUAAUGUUCAUGAAUGAAGAAGAUGCAUUCUGGGCUUUGUCACAGCUCUUAACCAAUCAGAAACAUGCCAUGCAUGGAUUCUUUGUUCCUGGUUUUCCCAAACUUCAGCGUUUCCAAAACCACCACGACCAGAUUCUCUCCAAACUUUUACCCAAACUAAAGAAGCAUUUGGAUAAGGAGCAGAUGUCCAGUGGGAUUUACAGCACAAAAUGGUUCCUCCAAUGUUUUAUUGACAGGACCCCAUUCACUCUGACCUUACGUCUGUGGGACAUCUUCAUCCUAGAGGGUGAGAAAGUUCUGACAGCCAUGGCUUACACCAUCCUUCAGCUCCACAAAAAACGAUUGCUUAAGAUGUCUCUGGAGGACCUGAGAGAGUUCCUGCAGGAGAAGAUAGGAGAGUCCAUCUACCUCAAUGAUGACAUUGUCAUAGAGCAACUUAAAGUUUCCAUGUCUGAACUCCGCAAAAUGAAGCUUGACCUCCCACCACCAGCUAAGCCUGAUGAGUUUCCACGCAAGCCUCUGGGUCUGGAGCUGCCCAUUGUUCUGACUCCGGUCAAACAGCCCAAACCGAGCCCCUCAGAAGAUACGCCCAACAAAGCCCAGCUCAUCAAACGGCCACCUGCCUCUCUGCACAUCUCUCUACAGCAGGAGUCCAUCAUGCUAGAUGACAGUCUUUCACAGGAAAAGAAGUCUUACAAAGAUGGAGGGACUGGCAGCAUGUCUCCCCUCCCCUCACCCGACCCUGUUCUAGUGCACAGCCAGAUUCCCCUCACACCUGAUGGAAUGAUAGGAGCCCCUGAGGACGGCGGAGAAUGGCCUCCUCCAUACGAACCUCCUGUACCUGAGCUCAAUGAGACCCAAAACCAACGGGAGAUGUAUGAGCCUACUUCACCUCCAAAUGUGGAUGAUAAAAAGCCUUCACGAACAUCCCAGAACUUAGAGCAGGACACUUUAGACACAGCAGGAGGCAGUGUGGCGGGUGAUUUACCCUCAGAUAAUUUCGAAUCUGUUUCCAUGCAGCCUUCUGGUGUUUACAGUUCUGAAAAUUAUGAGGGACAGGUAGGGGAUGUUGAAAGUCAGAAUAAGGACAGUUUUUCAGAGAGACUCUCCACAUCAUGUGAGAUCUCCUCAACAGCCUGUGAGCUGUCACAGUUACCUGCCAAACGAUUCCCCACAGUCCAUUCAGACCCUCUAUUUCAGCACCCACCUCAUUCCUGCCAGCACCUGCCCAAAUCGGAGACAUUUUAAGCUGCCAACUGACUUUUAUUCAAGCUGCCACCUAUGACAGAGAUAAAGUCUUCAUAACAAAAGUGAGCAGGCUCACUGUUUAAUACACAACUCAGCAUAUAGACAAUUGUUUUAUGAACAACUGCCUUCCAACUUUUCUCUCGCACUCUUCAGGUUUGUACAGAACCGUCACUCACUUACACCACAACACCGCUGAUGUCUUUGCAAAUUUAAUAAAAUGGUGAUAGCUGUAAUGAAAAGAUAUGUUUUGAACCAUGCUCUGCAAUACGACUGAUUUUCAUUACAGCGAUUUUCCACAUUCAAAUUCAAAUCAACCAUUAGUUAAUAUGCUAUGACUUGACAGAAUAUUGUAAUUAUUUGUUAAUAUCACAAACCACUCCGUGUUAAAUAAUACAGUAGCUUAUCCUUUCUGAUAAGAAGGUAGAGGGAUGUAUUCUGUGGUAAUUUGAAUGGUCAUGAUCAAAUAGGCUCCGUUUGUGAUGUAAAUUUUUUGCUGAUACCAGCUUUAUGGUAGGAUGGCAAUUUUGCAGUGUCCACAAGCCAAUAUUUAUUAUUCUGAUAGAAAACAUCAUAAAAAUUGUUUAAUGGAAUGAAUGUGCAGCAGUCUGUCAGAGUAUGUUUGUCUCAAAAUUAUUUGGCACAGUUUCAUUGAGACAACUGCAGUGUCUUUAUGAUUUAACUUCCCAGCUGAUGGCAAUAUUAAACAUGGCCUUCAGUAAAAUUAAACUAUAUUGUUUCUGGUUGUUUCUAAACACAACCUUCUGUACAUUUGGUAUUUGUACUUGUUUUUCAUUUGUGUGAACAUUUUGUACAUUUCGCUUUUUCGAGUAUUGUAUUUGAAUGCUUUUUGGAUUUUGUAUUUGUAACAUAAAUGACUUAAAUGUCAGAUUUGCUUUCUGAUGGUCGCAUCUAGCAUAGGUUUACUUUUUAUAAAAAGUUAACUGGUCUUAGAAGGCUGUGCCCAGGGUGUGCUUCAGGUUUACGAUUUCAACUGGUUUGACAGAUCAGAUUCUGCUUUGAGGUAACGUGAAUUGUUUUGCCAAACCAUGUUUCUCAUCACUAUGUGUAAACCAGUACAGCUAUUUUAAACUAAAAGAGAAUAGCUGGGAAACCGUGAAAAUAGGUAUUCUAAACAGGUAAUUAUAAAUUAAUUACUUAACACAUCUUUAAACAGGUUAUCUAAGCAUCUUUUCAAGCACCUUUAUUGUACAGAAUAACAGUGUAAACCUAUUGUAAGUCGAGCACUGUAUUGCUAUUAUGCCAUUGUAUUAAGACAUUGAUGAUUUUAAAUUCUGUUACAGCAUGGACUCUUUCAGAUGCCUCUGUACAUUCAAAAUAUGUUUUCAGCACAGUAUUUGAGUUAUGGACAGUGUACAUUCCUUUUUAAGGAGUUUUGAGAACUCCAACCAAAAGGCUUUGGUUUUAUUCAGUCUGUAUAUAGUAAAUAUAGGCUAUACCUAUUUACUUUGUUAUUCUAUGUUUGAAUUAGAUUUGCAU